AUGCUUGUUCAUCAACUGGUUCGGGUUGAAUUAAUUCUUUUUAACAACGACUCCACAAAUAAUGAUGAUGGCAACUUUCGAGAAUUAUAUGAACACUUAUGCACAAGAAUGAGAGGAAGGCGAAAACGAGAAUUUUCAAUGAAUUUUCAGCCACAUAAAGUUCUUGAAAGCUCAUGUUAUUCAUGUUCAUUUAUGGAUGUCAAUGUUUCAAACAAUCACAACGUCAUUGUUGUGAGUGAUUUUCACAAUUCUCAGUUUCAAAUAAUGGAUCGAAAAACUAAAACUCUUAAGGCAAUUGUUCCAACAAAAGGAAGGCCUAGAGGGCUAUGCAUCGAAGAGAAUUUCGAUGGGAAUGAGAAUGAUGCUAUCAUUGCAACGUUUUCCAGAACGUACACAGUUGAAAAAUUUAAUUUAUGGCUUGUACUUGAUCGAUUGCGUGGACAAGAUGCGAAUUCGAAUAUACAAUGCUCGGUUUGGAGUCAAGAAAACAAACAUGGUGCACAUGGAAUUGCUGUUUCAUCAAGAAGAUCGACCAGUGAAAAAAAUUUAGUUUUCGUUUGUGAGGUGUUUUCUUCUAAUAUUCUGAUCCUCAAUAGUUUGGACGGUCAACCGAUUACCAAAGUCACAGCACAUUGUUGGGGAAUUGUACCAAUUGAUCGAAAUAAGUUUAUUAUUUCUUCACAAAAACAAGAGUUACAUGUAAUGGAGAUAGAUCAUGAGCUUAAAACGCCAAGAUUAACUCCAUUGACUCAAGACGGAGUGACUGCGCUUGGAGUUACCUAUGAUUGUGUUUCAAAGUUAAUCUAUGCAGUGAGUGGAAAACAAAAAAAUACGGUAGUUGUAUUUAAUUUGCAUGGACGACGAGUUCAUGAAUUUGAAUUUGGUCAUUUAUGUACACGGUGCUUAUUCAUACAUAUUGACAAUGAAACAGGGGAAUUACUUGUACCUGAUUUCAAAGGAAGCAAAAUCCAUGCUUUUAAAUAA